AUGUCGCUACCAGAUAUUCUUGCAGUGGAUGAGUUGGACGACAAGUCCUUCCACCACUCUUCAUUGCCUGAACGCUGGACUCAUCCGGAGUUCAUUCACCCUCAAGAUGAACGCCAAGCACGCUGGAUUCAACGGGCCUGGUGGAAGGACAAGGAACGUACCUCGACCACUUACCCCGAUAAGGUUCCCCGUUAUAUUCAAUAG